AUGAACAACAUAACCAUUCUAUCACUGAAACCCUGUAUUCCUCCUAACAAAUUUCUUUUCCCCAAAACCUUCUCUACAAAAUCAACAACAAUACUUCGUGCAAAUCUUCAGCCACCCAAUUCCACCAACACAACAACCCAGCAACAACAACAGCAGCUCAACCUCUCCGUUCUUCGCUUCACAUUAGGAAUACCUGGCUUUGAUGAAUCUUACUUGCCUAGAUGGAUUGGUUACGCUUUUGGUUCUCUUCUCAUCUUAAAUCACUUCCUUGGUUCUGAUUUUUCCACUAUUACACCACCUCAGCUUAGAACAGAGGUUUUGGGUCUGACUUUGGCUUCCUUCUCAAUUCUUCUGCCAUACCUUGGUAAAUUUCUCAAGGGGGCUCAACCAGUGGAUCAGACAACUCUUCCAGAUGGAACACAACAAAUAUUUGUCAUGUCAACCGAUAUAGCGGAUGGUCGGAAGGAAGACCUAGCUUGGACGUCAUAUAUUUUGCUGCGUAAUACUAAUGCCAUAGCUGCGCUCAUUUUGAUUCAAGGAGAAAUAUGUGCAAGGGGCUACUGGAACGUAAUCGAUGAUUCAUCAAAAGAAAUUCUUCUUGGACAGUUUAGCAACAAAAUUGAAAAGGCUGGCCUCAACAAUUUGAAGGAGACUCUAUAUUUUCCACAAGAUGCAGAUUCUGAAUUUCAGGAUCUUGUACCUAAAGGGGCUCGCUCUCUUCUGGUGCAGCCAAUAUUACAAGUUUCUAUGGAGAGUGCUACCGAUUCGCAGAAACCGGCAGGAUUUAUUCUGCUGGUCUCGGCCACAAGAUAUGCAUUUGGUAUCAAAGACAGAGCCUGGAUUGCAGCUGUGGCCAACAAGCUUAGAGGUAAUAGCAUUAUCAAGCUGUAG